UGUUUGUGUAUCCUCAGUGUAUUUCUCUCUUGCGUGUUUCAUCGAGUUUAAACAGACUCUUGUUUCUGUGUAUUUUAAUGUUGAGAUGUACUGUGCUGUAAAUCCGUAGGAAGUGAUCUGUCCAUGCUGGAUAUAUUGAUGAUUUCAUCACAAAAAACUCAGGUGAAGAAAGAGGUGGCGUUACUGGAGACAAAGCUGAGGUCAAGAGGAGAUUUAGCAAUGAAUCGAGAGGAUGUGGAUUGUUGUGAAUCUUCAGUGUAUGUGACUGAUGAUGGGAGUCUGGAUUCAGUGUGGAUGAGCAGAGAUCAGAGCCGCACACCACAGACACUGCUGGACUCUAAACUCUCUGAAGAGAAAUCCAGACACACACAGAACUCCGAUCUCAGUCUGACUUUACUCUGUUAUACUGAGUCAAAGCUCACAGACACUCAGGACACUACAGUGUGUGACAGUAAACAGAGCUUACAGGAGGAUCAAACCUCCACAGAGUCUCUGGAUUCUGUCUGUAACGCUGGAGAUCAGCAGCAGAUCCUGCAGACCAAACUGAAGAUGUGUUCAGUUAAACUCAUCGACUGCACGAACCUCAUGAUGAAGAUUAAAACUGAAUCCACAGAAAUCAAAACCGAACCCACAGAAAUCAAAACUGAACCCACAGAAAUCAAAACUGAACCCACAGAAAUCAAAACUGAACCCACAGAAGAGAAAGAUCGCACUGAGGAAGAUGAUGUUUUUAUUUCAUCAGAUGUGAAGAGUGAUUCAUGUUUGGAUAUAGAAAUAACGUCCUCAACAUCAAAAGAGCGACUGACAGCACAAACUCUUUCCUGCAUCACCUGUGGAAAGACAUUCAGCUCACAGAGACAUUUAGAGAGACAUGAGAGAAAACACACAGAACAGAAACUCUUCACCAGAUCUGAGAUCAGCUUUACUACCUUACAAGAGAAGAAACUUCAUUCAGAAGACCACAGAGAGAAGAAGAAGUUUCACUGUGAGCAGUGUGGGAGGAUUUGUGCCUCUUCCUCUAAACUAAAUGUUCACAUGAGGACACACAGUGAUGAAAAGCCUUUCAACUGCACUGAAUGUGGAAAAUACUUCAAAACCAAACAAAAUCUUAAAGUUCAUCAGAGACUUCAUACAGGUGAAAAACCUGUCAAGUGCUCUCAGUGUGACAUGACUUUUCCUCACUCAGGUUAUUUAAAAGCCCAUCAGAGUGUUCACACUGGAGAGAAACCUCAUCACUGUAAUGUUUGUGGGAUGAGUUUUAAUCAACAUGAAAGUUUAGUGACACACCUAACAAUUCAUACAGGUGAGAAACCUUACAAAUGCUCUCAGUGUGACAGAACGUUUACUUUUUCAAGUAACUUAAAAGUGCAUCAGAGACUUCAUACUGGAGAGAAACCUUAUCACUGUAGUGUCUGUGGGAAGAGUUUUAGUCAAGGGUCUUCAUUACGAAAUCAUAAGAGAAUUCAUACAGGUGAAAAACCUUACAAAUGCUCUCAGUGUGACAUGACGUUUGCGCAGUCAAGUUCCUUAAAAUACCAUCAGAGACUUCAUACUGGAGAGAAACCUUUUGUCUGCGCUCAAUGUGGAAAGAACUUCAUUAAUUCAUCUCAAUUAAUAGUUCAUCAGAGAGUUCACACUGGAGAAAAACUUCAUCACUGUAGUGUCUGUGGGAAGAGUUUUAGACAAGCGGCUACGUUACUAAAUCACAAGAGACUUCAUACAGGUGAAAAACCUUUUAAUUGCUCUCAGUGUGGCAAGACCUAUGCUCAGUCAGGUUCCCUAAAAGCCCAUCAGAGAGUUCACACUGGAAAGAAACCUUCACACUAUAGCGGUACAUUCACAUUGGGCGAAAGCGUUAACGCUUGAGGGAAUGCAAUCACAGUGCCCGCAACACAUGCUCCGGUUUUCCAUAAAUGUCAUUGGCUGGCUCUCCCUAGGUUAUUUGCAUAAGGCGAUCUGACUGGCUGUCGCACACGUUGCCGCUUAAAGUUGAGAAAUGUCCAACUUCUGCCUCGAGCAACGGCACUGAUGGUUCCACAAUUCAGUUAGGCAAUGCAUGACAUCACCCAUUAAAAGUGAAUGGGAAGCGUUAACGCUUACACCCCGUGUGAAUGUACCGUAAUGUUUGUGGGAAUGUUUUUUUUUUUAGGAAAGUUUGAAAUCAAGCCACUUGUGAGUCCCAUUCACUUCCAUAGUGUUCUUUAUUCCUACUAUGAAAGUGUUGUUUUUUGACUAUUGUUUUAUGAGUGAAAUAAACAGUUAAAAUAACUACCCAUGGAAGUACACUGAAUGUUAGAUUCUGUACACUACUGUAAAUGUUAGGUUAGUAAACCAAGAGACACAGAGACUAAAAGUUUUUUACCUCACCAUGUGUAAGAGGCAUAUUUCAUAGUUUUAUUGUUAAUUCAAUCAUAUAUAUGUGUUUAAAUCUUGUGAUUAAUGAGCAAAAUAAAAGUGUAAUUUGAUAUUUUGGAAAACUUUUAUCUUGAAGCUCCAG